AGUACAUCCAUACUUUUUCACAAGUUCACGACAACUGUCAAAACGCUCUCUAAAAAACGCGACACAACAGGCAAUUAAUUCAUAGUAGCACCAAAUGUCGGUAUACCUAUACCUCGUAUUCGAAUGUCGAUAAAACACGAAAUCGAAAUUCAACGAACUAUAAAUAAACACUAUAAAACUAUAAAUUAACACUCAACGACCAAGUAAUAAAUACUGUAAAGCAGAAGUAUGUCGUACAACACAAUGAAAAUUCUCUUGAUACUCGUAUCCAGUUUUUGGAUAUCAUGUGGCACAAAUUUAAAAUUGCAUAAAAUCAUCGCACACGUCAACAACGCAAACACAACAUGGCAGGCCGGAAUAAACAGUUUUCAUACAAACGACCACAAAAAAUUAGUGGGAACUUUUCAUCAUCUCGAGGUAAAUCAUGAUUUGGACCACGAGAUCUUUGAAGGCAGUUCUGACAGGGGUGGCGAUUGUGACAAAGACGGUGAUGGCGACGAGAACCUGACACCUGAGAGUUUCGACGCCCGAUAUCAUUGGUUCAAUUGCACUUCCAUUUCACACAUCUGGAAUCAAGGCAACUGUGCCGCUGAUUGGGCCAUUUCUGUAACUUCGGCGAUGAACGAUCGCAUAUGUAUUGCAUCCAAGGGUAACAUUACUGCACUUUAUUCGCCACAAAAACUAGUUUCCUGUUGCGAAGAUUGUGGUAACGGAUGCAAUGGAGGAUAUACUGCAGCCGCUUGGAAAUAUAUACUAAGAAAAGGAAUUGUUACUGGUGGCGACUACGGAAGCAAUCAGGGCUGUCAACCGUGGCUCGUGAAGCCAUGCAACGCAUCUACAACGUCCGCUGAUCAUAGCUCGAUGCUCGGACCACAUGGCGUGUGUGGCGGCGACCCGGUAGUUACUCCGAAAUGUGAUUUGAGCUGCUAUAAUGCACAACACAAGGGCAAGUACUUGGACGAAAUUAUUAAAGCUCAGAAAGUUUUUACGUUCGAUGGGUGUUCAGCAAGGAAAAUCUUAAGAAAACACGGGCCAUACGUAGUCACGAUGCGAGUUUACGAAGAUUUCCUCGCUUACAAGUCUGGUGUUUACCAUCAUGUUACUGGUGAUUAUUUGGGACUGUUGUCAGUUCGGAUGAUCGGAUGGGGUUUGGAAGGAGGACAAGGGUACUGGUUAUUAGCUAAUUCAUGGGGAACUUCUUGGGGCGACAAUGGAUUUUUCAAAAUCAAACGCUUUGCAAAUGAAUGUUGGAUUGAGAAUUUCAGAUACGCUGGCAUACCAAAAUUAUGAUGUCAGACCAGUGAAACAUUAGUUGAAAAUCAAAAAUGAAUAAUUCACUAUUGCGACUUGAACUUUUCACCAACACAAGUACAACCAUUAAUAUCUUACAAUAUGAAAAAGUACACUUGACACCUACUUUAUAGCAGAGAAUCUUUUCGGAUUAUUUUUCACAAAGAUAUAAGGGGCAUAUUAAUAAUUGGCAUUAGUUUUUUUACAAAUUUAUAAUUUAUAUACCAUUUUGAAGAUACACAAGUCAUAAACCUAUUAUAAACUGAAUUUUUUACCAGCUCAGAUAAGAUUUGGAAAAUCAAAUUAUUUCAGUUUCUAUUAUUUACCUUAGACCUUAGUUAUCUAAUAACUAGACAUUUAAGUUUCUUUAACUCAACCAAAAGUUUAAAAAAUAAA